AUGAGACAAGUAGCUAGCGAAACCAGAGACAAGUACGUGGUCUUUGAGAAGGAGGGGAUUAAGUAUGCUAAGGUCCCCAGGAACAACUACGAUAUGCCUGUGAAAGUCACUAAAGAAGAUCUCACUGUUAGCGAACCUGCCACUGCUGAGAAGGUCAUUAAAAAGAUCGAGAUAUACGGUGGGUGUAUUGUCAAAAAUUAUCUUCCAACGGAAGUGAUUGAUACUAUUUAUGCUGAUGCAAAACCGCACCUUGAUCAGGACGGUUCAUGGGAUGGAACUUUCUUUCCACCCGAAACUAGAAGAGUGGCAGGCAUGUGUGUCAAGUCAAGGGCCUGCGCCGAGAACUUUCUGACUCACGAGCUCAAUGUAGCUGUUUCGAAGGCGUUUUUAGGCAGGGAACAUGCUACUUGGACUGGUGAUGAGAUUAUUGAAGGCUACUCUCCUCCACAACACAAUUGCACAAUCACCUUCAGAAUUGGACCUGGUGCAAAGGACCAGGCAUUGCAUCGUGAUGAUGGAAUUCACCAUAACACCCGCAAACACAGGGACUCAUACCACUAUGGCGAUGACACUGCCCUGGGUACUGCGCUGGCGCUUACCCGAACCACCAAAGCUAAUGGUGCAACAAGAUUUGUUCCAGGUUCCCACCUCUGGGAUCACUGGAGACAUCCCAGCGAAGAUGAGGUUAUGUACGCUGAAUUGGACAAAGGGGACUGCUUUUUCAUGCUUGCCUCGUGUUUCCAUGGUGGGUCAGCCAACACGACCGAGGACGAAUACAGAGCAGUAACCAUUUUGUUCAUGACCCUUGGAACUCUGAGACAGGAGGAGAACAUCAUGCUUGGAACUCCAAUAGAAUACUUCAAAAGUCUAUCAGUCGACGCUCUCAAACUUUUGGGUCUCACAACCUCAGCGCCGUUCCUUGGUUAUAUCGACUUCAAAGAUCCAUUGGCUCUGCUGAAGCCAGAAGAGCAUGCUAAGGAAAACAAGGAUUUCUUUUCUGGUACUUACAAGGGUGUUCUUGUUGACGAUGCGACUGCUUGA